AUGGUGAGAGACUCAAUCCAGCUUGAUGAUCUAGUAGCUGGAGCAGUCCUACAUGCCUGUGCUAGCUUAGCAAUGCUUGAACAUGGGAAAAUGGUCCAUAGUUGCAUAAUUCGAUCCGGCUCACACAACUACGUCUAUGUCGGAAACAGCCUGGUUAACAUGUAUGCUAAAUGUGGGGACUUGGAAAGUUCAAGGCUUGCAUUUCAUAGUAUUAUUGAGAAGGAUCUGAUUUCAUGGAACACAAUGUUGUUUGCACUGGGACUCCAUGGGAGAGCUAGUGAAGCUCUUUACAGUUACCAUGAAAUGGUAACAUCUGGUGUAAAACCAGAUGAAGUAACCUUCAUAGGGAUUCUAAUGACUUGCAGCCACGCGGGGCUUAUAUACCAAGGCCUCAAGUUUUUUGAAUCAAUGAGAUUAGAUUAUGGGCUCUCUCAUGGAACAGAUCACGUAGCUUGCAUAGUAGACAUGCUUGGAAGAAGUGGGUACGUCGCAGAAGCCAGAAAAAUUGCCGCUAAGUAUUCAAAAACCAUCACAGAUAGGACCAACUCACAGGAAAUUCUACUUGGUGCUUGUUAUUUUCAUGGAGAUAUAGGAACUGGGAGUACUGUGGGAGAAGACUUGAAGAAGUUAGAGCCAUUAAAAGAAGCUGCUUAUGUGUUAUUGUCAAAUUUGUAUCUUGCAAGUGGGAAAUGGAAGGAAGCAGAGAGGUUGAGGAAAGAAAUGGUGGAUCAAAGAGUGAAGAAAGUGCCUGGAAGUAGUUGGAUUGAAGUGAAAAAUGAUGUCGCUGCUUUUGUUUCUGGAAACAACAAUUCACAUCCUCAAAUGGGUAACAUAUAUGAGACAGUUUGCCUUCUCGAAUUAGAAAUGAGACAUCCUUGGCCUGUUCACUUUUUUUAUUGA